GAUGGGUAAAUAUAUUUGAAUGUCGAACUUCUCCAAACUCUUUACCCAAAGGGCUUCUUCUUCAACCAUCAUGUCCAAAAACAGUGUUGAUCAUCUUUCCACAAAUUCAUUGGUGUCUCGAAUAAUACAUGCACCAGCAUGCAUCAUAGAUGAAUAAAGUAUGCUACCGAGUUGGCCCCAUCACACCUUCAAAGGGUAUAUGCAUUAAUAUUUCUCUCCAAGUCAAGUCUCUCUUAUAUAUAAAUACAACCCGGUUGGUAUAGUUACUUUCUUAAACCAUAUUUCCGCGUUUCAGACAGCGAUAAACUAUAGCUGCUAAAUGAUUCUCUUCAAUUACAUUUCCGCCACUCUUAGGUCAACCUCUGCCGUGCUUCUUUCUGAUGCUACAGGCAUCAAGAAAUAUAGCGCAAGAGAUGUUUCUAACAAUUAUAUAAUACAAAGAAAUGGUCCUGGACUCUUGCCCAAGCGAUCUUUGCAGUUGUCAUGGGUCAGGAGAGAUGGAUCAGCUAUUGAGCUUGUUUGCAGAAACCCCAAAGUUUUCACAAAGAGGAGUAGAGGACUAAAAGUGAGUGCAUUUACUGAAGAGCAGGAAGCUCUAGUGGUCAAAUCAUGGAACUCAAUGAAGAAAAAUGCUGGUGAAUUGGGUGUAAAGUUUUUUCUGAAAAUCUUUGAGAUCGCACCAUCUGCAAAGAAGCUGUUCACAUUUUUGAGAGACUCAGAUGUUCCUGUGGAGCAGAAUCCGAAGCUUAAACCUCAUGCCAUGACUGUAUUUGUUAUGACCUGUGAAUCAGCUGUGCUACUUAGGAAGGCUGGUAAAGUUACUGUGAAAGAAUCCAAUCUGAAAGAUUUAGGAGCUACUCAUUUCAGAUAUGGGGUCGUUGAUGAACAUUUUGAGGUCACUAAGUUUGCAUUGCUCGAAACUAUAAAGGAAGCAGUACCAGAAAUGUGGUCACCUGACAUGAAGAAUGCAUGGGCAGAAGCUUAUGAUCAGUUGGUUACUGCUAUCAAAAACGAAAUGAAGUCUCCUUCCUAAGUGUUUGUCAAAAUAAAGAUAUUUUGAUUCACAAUAAUAAUCAUGUUAUUAAUCCUUUAUUGGCCUGCAAUUUAUCUGUCUGUAAUAGCAGUUUCGUUUGAAAACAAUAGUGAAGUAGCACUAGAAAUAUAGACAUUAAAUGUGAUGAUAUUCUUGCA